GCCUGCAAGACUCACAUUGAUGCUUGGCUGCAAUUCAGCUGAGGUGUUUGCCGCGUUGUCCAGCUUGGCACUCUCCACUGCUCCUCCACCAUCCUCCAACACUCACAGACUUGCGCUUGACUCUUGACUGCCGCUUCUCUCUAUCACGAGUGAGCAAGUACUGCAUUCAGACUGGUACUGGAGUCUUUUGCAUCCAACGGGUAUCUUCUAUUUCAUUGGUCACUUUCCAAGUCGAUAGACCAUCAUGGACCGCAUCAAGGAGAAACUCAACUCCCUUCGAGCCGAGGCUGAUCAAGCUAUUGAUCGAGCUGAAGCAGCCGAGAAGCGCGUGAAGGACCUAGAGCAGGAGAUUCUCACAAAGGAUCAAGAGAUCGCUUCCCUCUCUCACAAGAACAGUCUCCUCGAAGGAGAUCUGGACAAGACGGAGGCCAAGUUGCACGAAGCUAAAGCUAGUCACAAUGAUCACGAAUCUUCUAGGACUGCCGCCGAUGAUCUUUCUAGAAAGAUUUCUCUUCUUGAAGAGGAACUCGACAAUGCCGAAAAGAAUUUGCGCGAGACCACCGAGAAGUUGCGUCAGACCGACGUGAAAGCUGAGCACUUUGAGAGACAGGUGGCCAGCCUCGAGAGGGAGCGCGACGGGUGGGAGCAAAAGUUCGAAGAGGCGGAACAGAAGCACAAGCACACCAAGGCGGAAUUGGACGAGGUUGUGGCUCAGAUGGAAAGCCUUUGAACCGAUUCGUCUUCAAGCGGCUUGGUCAAGGAUGAGAUUCGACACCUAGAUCAGGACCAAGAGUCAGCAAAGAAGGCAGAGGCGGAAAAGGAGGCGUCGGUCGGUACAUUGGGUGUGGGAUGUGCGGAUGGGCCUCGCCUGGAAUGUGGCUUGGACGACUCCAAGAUCCAGUCGGACUGCGAAGCCGUCUGCAUGCCAGGCGCUUUACCGCCAGAUCUCUCCUCUUUCGCUCCCUCUUCGCCAUCUGGCACAGACCAACAGCUUCCUCCACCUGCCCUCGCACCAUCCAUCAGCGUCGCUCUCGCUUCUCUACUGUACCUGGCCCUGCUCAACACUUCCCUCAUCACGAACCUAUUCUCCAACAUGUGAAAAGGUAUUCAAGUCUCUUCUCCGAACGAGUUCUCUGGGCAUGGCUUUUGCAGGCCAUGCGGUGUGAUUACGGACGACUGAGUGCGCCGAAGGCCAGUGCGAGGAUUUGGGGGAUGUGCGAUAUGAUAUGG